AUGACUCAACCGAAAAUCAAGUCCAAGCUGAUCAAGGACGUCACACAGCUCGUACUCAGUAGAAGGACUAAAAUGUGCAAUUUCUUGGAAUACAAAGAUUCAAAGAUCGUUUACAGGAGAUACGCCAGUUUAUUCUUUAUCUGCGGGGUCAGCCAUAAUGAUAACGAGUUGAUUGCACUUGAAGUUAUCCACAGAUACGUUGAAAUAUUAGACAGAUACUUUGGUAACGUUUGCGAGUUGGAUUUGAUUUUCAACUUCCAAAAGGCCUUCUCGAUACUUGAUGAGCUGAUUAUAGCUGGAGAGCUGCAAGAAUCUUCCAAGAAAAAUGUGCUUAGGAAUGUCUCUCAAGCUGACGCCAUACAAGAUACUGAAGAAUCUCAAGAAAGCAUCACCUCUAUAAAAUCUAGAUAG